AUAACUAAUUGGGACCAGAAAAAAUAAUGAAGAAAAGGUAAGUAAUAGGCAAGUUAUAAUUAAGAGUUAAAAGAGGGAAAGGGAGGAGGGUGGUUGAAAUGAGUUAAAGUGAAUGAAGAGAAGGAGUUUGUGAAUGUGAAUGUAAUUGUUAUCCAUCGAGAAAUGAGUUUGGAGUGGUGGGUGGUGAAGCAAGGUAGCAUCCUGAAUUUCACAUGGAACCCCCCUGAAACCCGAGGGUCCUCCCCUCUCUUCCUGGCUCUGUCCAUUCUGACAUAUCUGUCCCUCACUCUCCUCCUCAGCAUCCUCCCUCUCCCAGCCAUCCCUCCCCGCCUCCUGAAGCCCAUCGCCGCCCUCCACAACCUCAUCCUCCUCCUCCUCUCCCUCCUCAUGGCCCUGGGGUGCGCCCUAACCCUCCUCACCCACACUCCACACCUCCGCUGGGCCCUCUGCAUCCCCCCCAACACCAAACCCACAGGGCCCCUCUUCUUCUGGGCCUACAUCUUCUACCUCUCCAAAUUCCUGGAAUUCCUGGACACCCUCCUCAUCCUCCUCUCACGCUCCAUGAAACGGCUGUCGUUCCUCCACGUGUACCACCACGCCACCGUUCCCCUUAUGUGCUACCUCUGGCUCCACAGCUCCCAGUCCCUCUUCCCCAUCGCCCUCCUCACCAACGCCUCCGUCCACGUCAUCAUGUACGCCUACUACUUCCUCUGCGCCCUCGGGAUCCCUCCCUCCUGGAAGCGCGCCGUCACUCACUGCCAGAUUCUCCAGUUCCUCUUCAGCUUCGCCGUUUCCGCUCUCAUGCUCCACCACCACUUCUUCGGACCCGGUUGCUCCGGUAUCUCCGCUUGGUGCUUCAAUGCUCUCUUCAACGCCUCUCUUCUCGCCCUCUUUCUUCAUUUUCAUCUCAACAGUUAUGCAACAACUACCAACAAACACAAGCACUCCUGAAUGAAGCAAUAAGAUGGGUGUAGGAAGUAAUUCCCGUUGAUAGAAGUAGACAUGGGCCAAGUGACGUGAAAACAUGCAACCUAACCUAUUUAUCAAGAACAUCAAGCUUGGUUUUUUUUAGAAAGUCUUUUUAACUAAAAAAAAAUUGUACUUUAGACUUUAUACUAAGUUGAAAGUCCAAUAACAUGACCAACAACCAGUGUUUUAAAACCCGGACCGACCCGGCCGGUCGGACCGGUUGGACCGGUGGUCCAGUCGGUCCGAGUCUGGAGUUGGAUCGGUUAUGCAGUCGACCCGUUUCAAACUGGAUUGAA